CCUCAAUCAAUAACAUUAAUAAGCGAAACAAUUUCUUCAACACCAUCUUCGACGCCAUCUUCAUCAUCAUCACCAUUUAUAACAAUAUCCAGUGGUCAACUAGAUUCUAUUCAUGGAACAUUAUCCGGUGAUUCAUUAUUUGCUGGUACAUCAUCAUCAUUUAUAACACCACAAUCAUCAACAACACAUUCAUUGUAUGGAAAUUCUGGAACCGGACAAAGUUGUUCACAACUUCAAACAAGCGAUUUGAUAAACACCAGUUUAGGUGGUAAUGUUCUUACCAUUAAUGGUUCAUCAUCAACAUCUACAUCAGCAUCGUAUUUAACACCAUCAACUUUAACAUUAGCUACACCGGCAGCUAUUGUUGGCGAAGAUUUAUUCAUUAGUCGACCAUCACAAUCAUCACAAUCAUCAACAACAUUCCAAUGUCCGGCGGCUAGUUUUUCAACAUCAGCAGCCGCAAGUUUACAUAAAUAUCAUGCCACACAAUGGCCUUAUUAUACGACAACAACAGCAUCCACUCCGACUAGUACGCCAUCUACAUUAGAAUAUUCAAACAUUCUUGUUCCAGGAACAUCACUGUUAACAACGGGAAAUAUAAUUUCAAUUAAACAAGAAUUAUGCGACACAGAAUCUACUAGUUAUGGUGGUUCGAAUAUUUCAUCAGCUACCGAUAUUAUAAAUGUCACUGCCAAUGAUCCAUUAUCGAAUUCACCAUCUUCAUUGGAAAGAAGUGGCGCUGGACACGGUGAAAGUGGUAGCAGUGGACGUGAAUCUCGAAGAAAUUCUAAUCAAAGUUAUAGCGGAUCAACAUCAACAACUAGCGGUGGACAACAACCACAAGAACGGCCAGCAACAUUAGCCGAAUAUAAUCAAUCAACAUCAAAAGGACAUGAAAUAUUAAGUCAAGCAUACCAGAAUAGUCCGAUACCAUUGAAAUUAUUACCUGUCAAAACGCGUAAAUAUCCAAAUCGACCAUC